CUCACCACCAAAUACCAUAUUCAAAGAGAAGAAUUAAGAAUUUUAAAUUAAAGCCUGAAAAUAAUCUCAAGUUUUAUCAAUGGAUUCUUCGUACUUCCAAUACCCAUAUUCUCAAUUCUCUCCUGAAUCAUCUUCUUCCUACGUUUCUCAAGAAAAUUUGUCACUAGACUCGUUCAAUUAUCCCCCUAGCCAAGCCCUUCCCUUCAACGAAAAUGACUCCCAGGAGAUGCUUCUCUUAGGAGUCCUAAACCAAGCCCCAGCAAGCUCCUUCGACACCGCAUCGGUUAAUAAUUCCAGAGAUGAUGAAGUAAGCUCAAAAGCUAAUGAAGAGGAGUCUACCGGCAAGAUAUCUUACAGAGGAGUCAGGAGAAGGCCUUGGGGAAAAUAUGCAGCUGAAAUAAGGGAUUCCACAAGAAAUGGCGUUCGAGUUUGGCUUGGAACCUUUGAUACUGCUGAGGCUGCAGCUUUAGCCUAUGAUCAGGCUGCAUUGGCAAUGCGGGGUUCUUUGGCUAUACUAAAUUUUCCAAUGGAGAAGGUCUACGAAUCACUUCAAGAAAUGAACUAUGGAUUUGAAGAAGGGUGUUCACCUGUUUUAACAAUGAAGAAAAGGCACUCCUUGAAGGGCAAAAAAGGGAUGAUGAAGAAAGUCAAGAAAGAGAAGGAAGUGAGUACGGAAAAUGUUGUGGUGUUGGAGGAUUUAGGAACUGAUUACUUGGAGGAACUUCUUAGCAUAUCCGAGAGUUCUACUCUUUGGUAAAGCUUGAGAAUUAAUUAUUUGGAAGAACUAAUUCCUUUUUCCUUUCUUAUAUCCUUACUGUUUAGACAUUGAGAUGUUGAGGACGAUGACUUUUUCCUCUUGGAUAAUUGUCUUUUGUAAAUGCUGAAGAUGGAUACAGGAUUAAAGUUUUUGUGGGA